AUGUUCAGAAACUCUGUGAUUAUUAAGAACAUUCCAAAGACACAGGUUAGAACCUACUUGACCCACAACCCAUCGAUGUCCUCUGGGGAUGUGCUGUUGGACAGAAGACCAAAGAAGAAAAUUCAAGUUGGUAAGGCUAGACCUGCCAUCUACUAUAAAUUCGACACUGUUGUCCAAUUAAGUGAUGGGUCAGUUGUUGUGAGAAGAUCUCAGACGCCAAAGGCCGAAAUGAAAAUCAUUAAUGAUCAAAGAAAUAACCCAAUGUGGAACCCAUCGAGAAAGGACUUGACACAAGUCAACGAAAGAGCUGCUGGCAGACUUAGUAAAUUCAAGCAGAAAUACUCUUUGUUCGAAGAUUUGGAAGAAAAGCCAAAUGUCUCAGAACAAGAAGCCAUGCCACAAGAAACCAAGGCAGCUGCCAAACCAGUCGAAGAAGAACAACCUAAACUCCAGAAAUCAGAACCUAAGAAGGCAGCCAUGGAAGAAGAGGAAGACGAUGAUUUCAGCUUAGAUGAUUAUCUUGAGUUGGUCGGUGAAAAUGUCCAGGAAGUCCAAUCUGGUGGUAAAUUGGCCAAGGGUAAAAAAGGGAAAUGA